GGUUCAUGCCACUUUCAGCUGUGCGUGUGGAAUCCUCAGACCGAGGGAGAGCGAUCUCUGUAGCAACUGCCUUUGAGAAAGUCGCCUUUUUACUGUUAAAAUCUGCUUUACCGGACACAACGCAUACGAGGAGUAUGUAUUAGCAAUUUCCCUUUAUUCCCUUAACCAGACGAGCGGCAACGAAAGCGUAAAUGGUCAACGCUGAGCAGGAUAGUGCGAAACAAUCAAGUCGAACUGCCCGUGAGUUUUUGACCACAGUGAGGGGAUGGAUUUGGACUACUGCCGCAGAUUCAAUAACUAUGGUCAACAUUCUUGUGUCUGAGGACGUGUAGAAGAAAUAUAUAGGUAGCCUAACAUCGAAACGUGGUACGUGGACUGCCGUUUAAAAUCUGGCAACUAGAUGAACUAUCAAAUCACUGCAUGAAUCAUCAGUGACUUGGGUUGGGAAACGCUGUGAUAGUUUUGGAAACGCGGAAUCUCACAGCCUAUCCAAUAUUAUUCGAGUUUCUUUUUAGUAUAGCCUUUUAAUCCUAGAAUUUCCAUUUUUGCUUACCUGUGCUCUGGAGAACUUUUUAAUAAAGGCAGGAGGCAGCCGACAAAAGGCACCCACCCGUCUUUGAACCCGAGCCCGUGUUGCCUACCGCACAGUGAAGACCGACGGACGGACUCUCCAUUCAUCGCGUCUGUUGGCUAAGUUGUUACAUCCGGCUUUGGUUGUUUUUAUUUUAUUUGAUUUUUUUAUAAAAAACAAAUUGCCCCGUCGUGGAAAUCAACCGCUGUCCAGUUUUAGGACCGUUUGAAAAACACUACGUUUAUCUUUCUGUAGGUUAAGUGAAUCAGUGUUGUAUCUCAGGCACAUCAAUUUAUACCAUCAACUCUCUCAGCCUUUAUCCUACUCAGCGCGGAGGAAUUCAACAUCAAAUAGUAUAUUUGUUUGCCAAGUAUUUGUGAACAAUUGCGCAUUUGUUGAAUUUAUUAACCAGUCGACUUGGCUUCAUAUUUGGAACAUACAUUGUGGAAUGCUUAAUUAAGGGCGCAAUUGAGCCACUUAAUCCGGAUACCUGUAACUUUCUUAUGACGCUUGGUGCUCCUUUAUAAAGAGAAGACGUCUUCGUCAUGCCUUGCGUUUUAUCAUAAAGCCAAUCAGACAAUUGUCAGAUUUGACAUAGACCGAUUCAGUAAGGCUACACCACCACAUAUUGUAAACAAUUGAACUUGACUCUCGAAGAACCUGCCAUAGGCAAACACCGGUCGGAAGGUAUAUUUGAAGACUCCUGUAUUCACGAUUUCUUACUGGAUUUACCGAGAUAUCUACGAUGUCAAUUUUACCAUCUUGCAAAGGAACUCUGCUGCUCUGUGUGGUGUUAAUUUCAAAUGCAUUUGCAGGGAAAGUAUCCCCGACCAGCUCAGAUGCUCUCCUCAGCUCUUCAGCAGUCACGUCCACCCCCACCCCUCCUGAUGUCUACCUUCCCUCCAACUUUAAGCUCUCCAACGCCCAGCUGGCCUUCUUCCUGCGAGAGACCAGGUCCUCGGGCCAGAGCACCAACGGACAUCCUCUCCAGCGUUCCGAGAGCUUUGUGGUCUUUCAGACCAAGGAGCUUCCCGCUGUCAACAUCACCUUUGGCCCGUUCGCCCAGGACCAGAGCCUGUCCAAGGACCUCCUUCAGCCCUUCAGCCCCCUGGACAUCCCCGGGCGGCUGACAGUCAACUGGAAGGUCCGGGCCUUUAUCGUCCAGUCAAGGGUGUUUUCCAGCAACCCUGUGGUCCAGGUGCUCUUCUACAUAGCAGGACGCGACUGGGAUGAUUUCAAGGUCCAGGACAAGCUGCCCUGCGUGAGGCUCCACGCCUUCCGUGACGUACGCGAGAUCAAGACGUCGUGCCGCCUAUGGGGGAACCUGGCCCAGUGCUUGGCCCAGCUGGAGUUGCCCCCCACCUGGUUCAAUACCAAUGUGGCCCCCCUGGGCCGAAGGAAAGGCUCCAGCGACAGCUUGGGCCUGGAGCUGAGUGUGGAGACCCUACAGACCGAGCUCUACUACACCCUCCACGACCCGGACAGCGGAGGGGAGUGCGGCGAGAGCUCGGGUCGCAGAGGAGGAUCACGGGGUGAGCCGCCCUCUCAGCAACCCCUCCUCCGCAUCGGUAGCAUCAGCCUGUACCAGUCCAGCCAGGAGCAGUUGGUGGUGGACAAGCAGCUGGAUAAGAACAUGUUCCUGAGGUUGCCGGAGAAGCCGCUGAAGCCAGGAGAGACCCUCAACAUCUUCCUCUACCUGGUGCCCAACUCCACCGUGGAGCAGUUCACCCUCAAGGUCAAGGCAAAGAAGGGGGUGAAUCUUCUGCAAACCAAGUCAAAGAAUGCACUGUGGACUGUGGACUGGGAGGUACAGUCUGGGGCGAAGCAUUCCAUCACCACCAUCGACGUGAACAAAAAUAAAGGAGUGCAAGCCGGGGAUGAACUGGCCAAUAUCGAGGUGAUGCAACUGGACUUUGAGAUGGAGAACUUCACCAGCCAAUCGGUCACCAGAAGGAUCAACUGGAACAUCGACUACCGGGGCCAGAACCCACCUCCGGACUCGGAGAAGGUGGUGACUGAGUUGACCGUGGUGCAGAAGGACAUUCAGGCUAUCAUCCCACUCUCCAUGGACACCGAAAUCAUUAACACUGCGAUACUGACUGGCCGAACAGUGGCCAUUCCCGUGAAAGUUGUCUCUAUUGAAAUGAGUGGUGUCGUCACCGACGUCUCGUCCUUCGUAGAGUGCAAGUCGUCUAACGAAGACAUUGUCAAGGUGUCCAUGAAUUGUGACUACGUGUUUGUGAAUGGGAAGGAGACGCGGGGCUCCAUGAACGCCCGUGUCAUCUUCAGCUACGAGCACCUCAGUGCCCCCUUAGAGCUGACCGUGUGGGUACCCAAACUCCCCCUUCAAGUGGAACUGUCCGACAGCAACCUGAGCUUCAUCAAGGGCUGGAGGGUACCCAUUCUUCCUGACCGCAGGAGCGCCAGAGACAGUGACACAGAUGACGACGAGGACGACCGGCGGGUGAGCCGGGGCUGCACCUUGCAGUACCAGCGUUCCCUUGUCAAGGUGCUAACCCAGUUCCACACCACCUCCACCGAGGGCACCGACCAGGUCAUCACCAUGCUGGGGCCCGACUGGCAGGUGGAAGUGACUGACCUGGUUCAGGACUCACUGAAGGUGGUCGACCCCAGGAUAGCCGAGCUGGUGGACCGCACCGUGCUGGUGGGCCUGGAGCUGGGCUCCACUGUACUGAAGGUGGAGUCUCCACUCGCCGUGGAGGCCAUGUUGGGAGAGGUGUCGUUUUCCGUCACCGAUGAGAAAGUCUCCAUCUUGGAACUUCGCGUCCACGCCAUCUCUGGACUUUCUUUGUUACUACAGCCCAGCCCUGGCAACAGUCACACUAUGGUCGCCAAGGCAACUGGCCUGCAGACACUUGCUGCACCAAAGCAGGAGGCCAGCUUGUCCAUCUGGCUUUACUACAGCGACAGCACCGCAUCGCCUCUGACCUUCUUCGACCCGAAGGACUACAACCUCAACGCUUCCACACUGGACGACAAGGUGGUGUCCAUAUCCCAGGAGCCUCAGCAGCGCUGGCCGGUGGUUGUGGCGGAGGGCGAGGGCUCCGGGGAGAUGGUGCGUAUGGAGAUGACCAUCUGCGAGGCCUGUCAGAAGACCAAGCGCAAGAGUGUCAUAGCUUCGGCCCCUGUGUACGUGAAAGUCCGCUUCGGCCCGGAGGAAGACUCCGAGGAAGAAAUGGAAAGCGAGAUCGAAAUCGAGCCAGCCCGUGUCACCAGGCGGCCGGUGGUGGACUCCAACCUCGGCGACGGAGGCUUCGAGCCGUCCAACGAGCAGCCGGCGAGCGUUCCCAUCGACUACACCAACUUCCCGACCAUCAGCAACCAGGAGAGGCCCACCGAGGGAGAGGAAGAAGAGGAAGAUGAUGAUUUCAUCCAUGCGCCCCGCAGCAUGACCGACUUGGAGAUCGGCAUGUACGCCCUCCUGGGCGUCUUCUGCCUUGCCAUCCUGGUCUUCCUCAUCAACUGCAUUGUGUUUGUCCUCAAGUACCGCCACAAGAGAAUCCCCCCUGAGGGCCAGGCCAAUAUGGACCAUUCCCACCACUGGGUUUUUUUAGGGAAUGGACAGCCCUUGAGGGCCCAGAGUGAGCUUUCACCCCAGACGGUGGAGAGCCCCAUUAACCCCCUGGAAGGGGUACAGACUUGUUGCCAUGGUGACCACCACAGCAGCGGCAGCUCCCAGACAAGCGUUCAGAGCCAGGUCCACGGGAGGGGCGACGGCAGCUCUGGGGGCUCCACCAAGGAGCAUGGCGAGGAGGCCAGCUCGCCAACCUCCAAGCGCAAGCGCGUCAAGUUCACCACCUUCACCACGCUCCCCACAGAAGACAUGCCCUACAACUCCAUCCCCAUUGCAGAUGAAGAGGACAUUCAGUGGGUCUGCCAGGACAUGGGCUUCCAGGACCCAGAGGAACUUCAUGAUUACAUGCGCAGGAUAAAGGAAAUAGCCUGAAGGGGCGGCUGUUAAGAAGCACCCUCCUUACAGCUUUCAAAAAAUACUUUCCUUUCUAUUUUUCUCUUUUUUCACUUUAGUGAGAGAGAACUUUUCACAAACAAAAAGCAAGGCCAACUACACUUCUGUUAUUGUUCGUUUUCUUUUUCUUUGCACAGUGCCGUUUCCCGUACACACUUUUUUGGAAGUCUAAAAAAAAUGGAAAGCCAAAGACUAGACGAGAAUUUUAAACGCUAGAGAAAUGGCUAUGUCUGGAUGUCCCUUCUACAGAGGUAGAGGAGUACACUCUCAAAUGGAAUUAUAAGCUUCAGUCGUGAGCACUGUUCCGCAGGAUGGAUUUUAAGUGCUCCGUCACUCCUACUGGAGGUUAGUUAGCGAGCCUGAUACGGACAGGAGUGUUUUUAGCAGGAUGGGUUGGGUCUUGGCUCUGUGUUUGUCGGGUUGUCCCAACACCAAGUACCUUCUCCAACAAAGAGGCCUUCGAUGUGCAGAUUACAUUUUCAGAGAAACAGCUUUUGGGACGCAUUGUUUUACACCAACACAGAACAACAUGAUGGACAACCAAUUGUCAAAGACGCUCAUUAAAAACAAUGUUACCAAUUAAUUUUAUUUUGCCAGAGUAGGGAAGCAUUCGUCAAUGGCAGAACCUCCUUCAUUGUUCUUGGUACAGCACAUGCUAUGAUUUCAUUCAAUAUCAUUACUGUACAUUUUGCUACAUUUCAUACAAAUUCCAAGCCAGUGUCCUAAUACUGGUUUCAUACACUUUCCUGAUUAAGUCUAAUGCCUUAGAAUGGGUUAUAGAAUGGGUUUCACCGAUCACAACUGAUUUCAAUGCUGACACCCUGUUUUCACACUUUGGGUUAGGGGCCAGUGCGCAGGGCAAUUAUCCAAAACGCUACAACUUGUCAAAGGUUUAGUUAUAUUGGGAAAUACAAAAGCGUGUACGUAUAUUGUGAAGUGAACAAUCUUCGACAUUCUUUGCAUGAAAGGAGAUACUGAGGCACAAUCAGCAAUUUUCCAAAUUUGUGAAUGUUUGUAUUGUAAUUAUCUAAUUAUACCUAGACAAUACUAAAGGACAUAUGUUGUAUCAUGCAUUACAUGCAUGCCGUGCCAGACCUGCAUCGUACAGCCCUCCCUCGUAUGUACAUACCAUGACCAGCUGAGUUCCUCUUCAGCAGCAACAUUACAUUGAACUAGUUAUUCAUGCAGAGAUAGAGAAGGGGGAACGUGUUGGCCCAUCACUGUAAGCAUAGAGUUUCCUCUGCAGUUUUUACUAAGAUGUCCCACUGUACACCUGAGAAUUACAAUGGAAGAACUCUCAUCCCACCAAAAUAUUUUGCAGCAGAAAUCGUUCCAUUUCCUUUUUUAUUUUUAAACACGGUGACCUCGUGUAAUCAUGCUCCCCAUUGAACACCAACGAUUUUGUACCGAGUCACGAUAUUCAUUUCCAAUCAAUCUAAACAGAGAAUGAGAAGUACUAUGUUUGGUCCAAAACAUGUCUGUAAUAAAGCAUAGAUGCUGCAAAGGAGCUGGUCAUGACCAUCACAGAAGCCAAGCGCACUGGUGCUGACGCAUUGGGCUAUUGUUAUGGUGGUGACGCCUUUUAAGUUUCUCAGGACUGUCUGUGUUUGAUGAAAUCUUAAAUGUAAUACUAGGAGUUUUGGUUAGUGAACCUGCACAAAAUAGAAUGACUGCAAAUGAUAAAUGCAAUGGGAUUCCAUUUAUAGGUUUGGUUAUGUAGAAGUGUUGGCUAGCUAGAGUGUGAUGAAAUUUAAAGCACUGGGUGGGAUGAUGACUGAUUCUUUGAAGAUCAUGUUUCCUACUGAUCUGAAGAUCUGCCAAGUUUUUUUCAAGAGUAAUGGAAAAUAAACAGGAUGGAAAACUGUUCAAUCAGUUUUUAAUUCAACUUUAUUUGUGUGCUCUAGGGUGUGGAUUUGCUGUGUUUUUGUUAAUCAUAUGAUGUGCCAAAUGACCACAAUGGAAGAGCAAAUGUCACCCAACCUCUCAAUUUGAGUUAUGAAUCAAUUCCAAUCAAUUAAUUUCCACAAAAAACAUCAACCUAGAUGGCUGACAUUUUGUCACCUGCUAUUAAGUAUUUUUUUUCCUAUUCAGUUAAUUUCAUUUACAGCAUGCCAUGUGAUGUGCGUUCCAAGUGGUUUCAUUGAAUAAUGACCUAAUUACACAAUGUGAUUAAAUCUCAAUCAAGCCCUAUUAACAUCUAAAGGUAAAUGGUCUUCAAAAUCAAAGACAACAAUUCUUGCCCUCGCUUCAAACCCACGCUUUUACAAAGAAACCGGUUGAGGAAAUGAACUGUUGGUUACAGCCAGACUUUUUUUCUUUCUUUUUUUUUUAACCCCCAAUUUAAACGAUGGUGUCUCAGGAUGAAUGUAUUGAUUCUCUACUGUACUUUGAUCAUCAGAUGGGUAUUUUGUCUCAUGUAUUACUAUGGUCAACCCAAAUCAGUACCACUGCUUAACAACAACGGUGGAUUAAGUUUCUAAUAGCAGCUUUUUAACAUUAUUUUUUUAUAGUUCCGACUUUCCAAUUUGAUUAUUCUUUCAGAGAUCAUAACAAAUGUCUAUUAGAAACAUUUUAUGGCUUCUGAGAAUUUUUUUAUGUUUCCUUUCUCAAUGUAUAUAUGUAUAUGCUAAACCAUUUUUGUAAUGUGACUUUGGUGAAGGUGUGCAUACUUCAGUAUACAUCCUGUGUUUCUUCUGCAAGCCGCUGCUACUAGAGACUUUCUCACAUGUGGAUGAAUACUUUUGAAGUGUACCCCCAGGUGGAGACAUGGUGACCGUGCGCCAGCACACUGACAAUACUAUGUUCAUGUACAGAGCACUGUUCAAUUUCCUGUAUUCUCCAGAAAAAGUAAACCCUUGUAUUUCUCCCUUAUAUGUAAAGUACUAAAGAAAAUACAAUACAU